UGACUUCUAUCCAUCUUCCAAGAAUGGAGGUUAGAACAUGGUAUGCCACUCUUACUUGGUUCCAGUUGAUCACCAACUGCUUCAUUAUACAAUAUCUCUUGCUAGGAUCCGUACAGUCACUAAACUGUUCAGAACCAACAACUAAAUCGCUCCUUAAUGCCAUGAGAGAGGAAGUCAUCUGCUACAGCGAUGCAAGGCCAGUUAUAAGUCUGAGCACUCCCACCAACGUCACCGUGGACUUGACUCUCUAUGGAAUCUUAGGAGUGAAUGAAAAAGCACAGGUGUUGGAAACAUAUCUGUGGGUGAGGAUGACAUGGCAGAUUGAAGGCUUGAGCUGGGAUCCUGCAGAGUGUGGAGCAAAAAAGAUUUCACUACCAAGAGAGAAGAUAUGGGUUCCAGACAUUAUCAUUAAUGAAUUCAUGGAUGAAAACCGAGCACCAGAAACAUAUUACGUCUAUGUGACCUCCACUGGUCUAGUGCGCGAUGGACGGCCGUUUCAUGUAAUCAGCUCCUGCAAACUGGACAUCUACACCUUUCCAUUUGAUUUUCAGAACUGUUCAUAUACUUUCAACUCUUACAAACACACUCGUGAUGAUAUUCAGUUGUUCUUCUUGCUGCCCAUUGAGCAGAUAUUCAAAAAUUCUCUUGAAGCAAUAACAACUAAAGGAGAGUGGGAGCUGAUAGACAUGAGGGCAGAAAAAUCUUCACAGCCCUCUCUGGAAGAGGAAUGGGAUAGCCUCAUUGUUUAUGUUGGUGGCAUUUUAGAUCUAGAGGGGAAUUCACUAAGAUUUGCAACUGAUACUGCCAUGAUUUGGUGCAUGUAA